AAGGCUUCUCAGAUUAUCUGCGAUUAGAUACAAAUAGCUAGAGAUAAAUGUUUUAUUGAAAAUACAGCUCUAUUUGUCGUCCAAAAAUGGAUCCUGGAAUCCUUUGUUUCCACCAUUGCGAGCACAAAGUAUUUUGUACAAUUAUUCCCGAACAAUGUCCGGUCUGUAAACAGACUCUUGAUAGGUAUGACUAUAAUUUACUGCCGUUCAGGGUGCCGUAUCCUUUUGUGAAGGCGUCUCAGCACCCACGGGCUAUAGUCAUGAAGCCUACUCACGGCGAUUUUCUCAAUGAUUACUAUAACUCCAAGGACUUACAUAUAGGGGUGACUAAUUCCCUUGGGUUUGUGGUGGAGUUCAGCGAAGAUGGCAUCAAAGGUGUGGACCCAGCAUCAAGGAAGUGGAGCUCUAUUGGCUGCAGCAUUGAUUGGGAUCAGUGCCUCCUCCUUGAGCAGUUUGAUGAGCUCUGGAAUGAGAUCUGGGAUGGUGUGCUUUUAAAGAUGAGUUUAACUCCACUAUGGGAGGCUGACCAAUACAAUGAGGAGAGGCACAAUUGCUUUACCUUCGUCUUGGCCUUUCUACGAGCCCUGGACUGUGGAGAACUCUCUGAAAAGGCAGAAGACCCCAAGUUAUUCUGCAAGCAGUAUGUGGUCCCUCGCACCUCUGCUGCUGGGAAGUACAUCUCUCUUUACAGGCAACUCAAGAGGCAGAGCUACUUCAUACAGAACCAAUGAUAGGCUGUACUAUCUUUUAUUUAUGUAUUUAUUUAUUCAGUAUUACCUGUGAUGUUUAAUGUUUAGGUAUAAGAUUCUUAAAUUCAAGUGCAUUUAAUUUAGACCAAUGAUAAUUUAGUUAUAUUUUCUUUAUAUCUAUCUGAUAGAUAUACUGCACAUGCUGGAAGGCUUUAUAUGGCCUCCUGUGUUUAAUGCACUACUUAUUUAUACUUUUUGAGUUCAGAUGUGUAAUAUUAUUCAA